AUGAGGCAGCAAGUCCAAGCUGAGAGCAAAGAAAGUGCAGGGAAGAAGAGAGGAAUGAGGUUUUUCUGCAGCAGAGACGAAGGUCACGACGACGCCCUGCUCCCCGUCCCCGAGGCGGUGCUUCCCCAGACCAAGGUGCCCUUAUAUGGCAGGGACCACAUCAGCAGUCGGAAGGCCCAGGCCAUGAAGCAGGCCAAGGACCGCAAGAAGCAGCUGGCCAAGCUGGGGCCCGCCAGCAACCUGGACUUCUCCCCGCUAAGCCUGGAUAAACUGGACCCUGAGUUCGGGCCCUGCAGGAGGAGACUGGAUAAUCUCAUUCAGAGCAUGAAGGACACGUCUCGGGUCUUGGCGCUCUCUCUGUACAUCCCCAACUGUGACAAGAAGGGCUUCUUCAAGCGCAAACAGUGUAAGCCCUCCCGCGGUCGGAAAAGGGGGAUCUGCUGGUGCGUCGACCGGUUUGGUGUGAAAAUCCCCGGCAUCAACUACGCCGGAGGAGACCUGCAGUGCAAAGACCUGGACAGCGGCAGCAGCAACAGCAACGAAUGAGUGGCGUUAAAAAAAAAAAAAAAA